CCUUGAGGUAGUACCAUAAUAUCCCAUUCUGAUCUUCUACACCGGAAACUUUUGCGCCACCCUUUUCUGUUUUCUGUUAAACCGAAUCUUCAGAGCACUCUUUUCACAUUCUUCGUCAUCUUCAUCUUCUUCUUCUUCUUCUUCACCACAUCAACUCUCAAACAAAACCCUAAUUUCUGCUACAUUCCCUUUCUUUCUUGGCAUCCCCUAACCUGAUAAAUACAUACAUUUAUAUAUAUACACCAGAACAUCCAUGAAAGACCAUAAGACCAUGCAGAAUCAGCAACAACAAGCUCUCUCCAACCCCUUUGAAACCCUAACUGAAGAAAUCAUAUUCUUAAUCCUCGACCACCUCAACGACGACCCACUCGACAAAAAAUCCUUCUCACUAGUCCGCAAAUCGUUCCACUCCAUCGAAUCUCGGCACCGCAAGACCCUGAAACCCCUUCGCACUGAGCUCCUCUUGAGGACACUGAAUCGAUACCCGUCUAUAACUCAUCUUGACCUCACUCGCUGUCCUCGAGUUGAGGACAAUUUGCUCGUUUCUAUAUCGACUGUUUAUAGAUCGACUUUGGGAUCUAUCGACCUUUCGAGAUCCAGAUUUUUCACGAAUGUCGGGUUGUCGAGUUUGGCUGCGAAUUGCUCGGCUUUAAUCGAGAUUGAUUUGUCGAACGGGACGGAGUUGAGUGAUUCGGCGGCGGCGGCGAUUGCGGAGGCGAAGAACUUGGAGAGGUUGUGGUUGGCGAGGUGUAAAUUGAUAUCGGAUAUAGGGAUUGGGUGUAUUGCUGUUGGGUGUAAGAAGCUGAGGUUGAUCUGCUUGAAGUGGUGUUUGCGUGUUAGUGAUUUGGGUGUGGGUUUGAUUGCUAUCAAGUGUAAGGAGAUUCGUUGUUUAGAUCUCUCUUAUUUACCGAUCACAGAGAAGUGUCUUCCACCUAUUAUGCAGUUACAAUAUCUCCAAGAAUUGGUUCUCAUGGGAUGCCCUGGUAUUGAUGACGAGGUCCUUGCAACCCUAAAGCAAAGUUGCAAGUCGCUAGAGGUUAUUAAUAUAUCGAACUGUCAGAAUGUCAGUCACGUGGGUUUGUCUUCUCUAACAAAUGGUGCUGGAAGCCUACGCCAGCUUAUCAUAGCAUAUGGCUCUGCUGUCACUGUUGAUCUGGCGAAAGGUCUGCAAAAUUUUUCAGCCUUGCAAUCUAUCAAAUUAGAUGGUUGCCUGGUCACAUGUGCUGGCAUGAAAGCCAUGGCAAAUUGGUGUGCAUCCUUGAAGGAGCUGAGAUUAUGUAAGUGCUCGGGAGUGACAGAUGAAGGUCUCUCCUCCAUUGUGCAAAAACACAGAGAAUUGCAUAAGUUAGAUAUCACAUGUUGUCGCAAGAUAACUCGUGUCUCUAUAGACAGUAUAACAAAUUCAUGCUCCUCCCUCACAUCUCUCAGAAUGGAGUCAUGUACCAUGGUUUCAAAAGAUGCUUUUGUGCUAAUUGGACAGCGUUGCCAAUUGUUGGAGGAACUGGACGUCACAGAUAACGAAAUCGAUGAUGAAGGUCUGAAGUCACUCUCAAGAUCUUCCAAACUGUCUACCUUAAAACUAGGAAUUUGUCUAAAUAUAACUGAUGAUGGACUUUCACAUGUUGGAAUGUGUUGUCCAAAGCUUAGAGAGCUUGAUUUGUACAGGUCUAUGAGAAUAACCGAUGUGGGCAUGACCGCAAUUGGUCAUGGUUGUCCUGCCCUGGAGAUGAUUAACAUGGCCUACUGCGACAAAGUUACAGACAUUUCGUUAAUUUCUGUGUCAAAAUGUUCAAAGUUGAAGGCAGUUGAAAUUCGAGGAUGUCCUUGUGUAUCUUCCGAGGGUUUAUCAGCCAUAGCUGUGGGAUGUAGGCAGCUUACCGUGCUAGACAUAAAAAAGUGCUUCCAUAUAAAUGAUGCUGGCAUGCUUCCACUUAAUCAAUAUUCCCAAAAUCUUAAACAGAUAAACUUGUCAUAUUGUUCAGUAACAGAUGUCGGGCUUCUAGCGCUAGCCAGCAUCAGCAGCUUACAGAACAUGACUAUAUUGCAUGUAGCUGGUUUGACUCCAAAUGGCCUUGCAGCUGCCAUGUUGGCGUGUGGAACACUAACAAAAGUGAAGCUCCACACAUCCUUCAAAGCAUCACUUCCUCAAUCUCUCCUUGAUCACAUGGAAGCUCGUGGUUGUGUGUUUCAGUGGAGGGACAAAGCAUUUCAGGUGUUCUAGUGUAGUGAAUUUUCUUCCUCACCUUGUGAUUUUAAAGAUACUGAAGUUAUCAGAUGAUUGUUGUGGUUGACAGUUUGAAAUAGAUCCAAAGGGAUGGAAUUUGUAUUUCAGACGAUAAAUUGUGAACCCCUUAUUCCUAUUCCCAAAGCACCAUAGAUGAGAGAGUAUGGACUCAUGGCCAUGACAAGGUGAGGAAUGGAUGGUAAAGAAACUGUGUUUGGUGCCUUUAGUUGUUGUUUCAUUGGACUACAAUUGACAUUUUUAUCAGCUACCCAGUUUUCUGUUUUGCAUUGACAGUCAAAAAUAUGUUAGUGGAAAGAGUAUGGGCUUGGGCUCCACAGCUGACUGGGCGUAGUGGAUCCAAUCCUCAUUCGAGCCCAAGCAGGGGAAGAGUUACAUUUGGACUUCCUGAUAUGGUGAUAGCAUCAAGGCCUCUCCCAAGCUCAUUGAAGGAUUUGCAUACUAUGUGAUAAGCCUAGUGAGUCUGUUCAAAGUUUGACCUUGACUGCUUGCAAUCUUCAUGGAUAUAUCUGUUGGAAUAAAAAAAGUAGUAUGACAUAGAAAACAAAAGAAUUGAAAAAGACUUUCCAUUUGUAUUUAAGCCUCUUCUUGGAGGGGAAGCAAAAGAAAACCUCCUGCAUAUUAUGUGGCAAAAUCUUGAUAGUCAAACUGAGUGCAUCUUGAUUUAAAAUUUUCCAUAAUUUUUAGUUUCUGAAAGAUUUUUUAAUGCCAAAGUCUGUUAAAACUUUGUAGAAAUUUCUAUUUUCUAUGAUUAUUGUGUAAUUGACGGACAUGAUUUCGUCUUGUUCCAUGUGUUUUUUUCAUUGUUUUAUCUUUUAUGAUGAAAGAAUUAAUUUGGUAUUCAGGGUCA